UAAUGUCCCGCUCUUUUUCUGUGGCUAAAUCUAAAACCCAAAGAGAAAAUUGCCGUUGUUUUUGUUGUAGACGCAAUGCAAGACCAAGCAACGAGUUCAAUUGCAGCGAAUUCUCUGCCUUCAAGCAGUGAAAUAUCUUCAAGCUCUGCUCUUCAGCUUGAAGUCAAGGAAGGUAUGGAGAGUGAUGAGGAGAUCAGGAGGGUACCGGAGAUAGGAGUGGAAUCAGCGGGGACCUCAGCCUCGGGAAGAGAGACCGGUUCGGUGGCCGGUCCAGACCGGGUUCAAGUCUCAGGCGAAGUUCAGAGAAAGAGAGGCAGAAGUGCAGGUGACAAAGAAAGCAAGCGACUAAAGAGGUUGCUGAGGAACAGAGUAUCAGCACAACAAGCAAGGGAGAGGAAGAAGGCAUACUUGAGUGAUUUGGAAACGAGGGUGAAAGAGUUGGAGAAGAAGAAUUCUGAGCUAGAAGAGAGGCUGUCCACCUUGCAGAAUGAGAAUCAAAUGCUUAGACAUGUAUUGAAAAACACAACAGCAGGCAGAAGAGGAGGAAAUAAUGGUGCUAGUAAUGCCAAUGAUGGGUCCUUAUAAGAAAAGAUGAGAGCAGAGAUUGUAAGAGAUAUAAAUAUUGAGAGGAUGAGUGGUUGUACUUAAUAAUUAUAGGUGUAUUAUGAAAAUAUCAGGACGAGAGAAUCUUGACGCCCUUAAUUCAAAGCUGUGCUCGCAUGCACAUUGCAAAGCCAAAAAAUUAUCGCAAGGGUUGGGAAAAUUAUAGAAUAUUCUGGCAUAUUCCUUUUCUCACAUGAAUGGCAAGUCUAUCUUGAAUUUAA